AUGGCACGGCCGGUUAAGAGGCAAGCAUCAGGAGCAGGAGCACCAGGAGCACCAGCAGCACAAAAACAAGAUGAGAUUAAGGAGGAACACCUUUUGGCUUUCAUUGUGAAGGACAAAUAUAAAGAAGAACAAAAAUGCAAAGAAGAACUCGAGAAAUAUUGUAAAGAGUUGAAGGAAGCAGAUAAAAAUCUAGAGAAUGUGGAUGAUAAAGUUAAAGGACUUUGUGAUGAUAAAAAACGAGACGGAAAAUGCAAAACCCUGAAAGGCGAAGUUGAAAAAGAAUUGAAAGCUCUUGAAGAGGGACUUGAUGCAUUGGUAGAUAUAAAAGAUGAAAAUUGUAAAAAAUAUGAAGAAAAAUGUAUACUUUUAGAGGAAGCAGACCCAGCUAAUCUUAAGGAUAACUGUAUCGAGUUGAGGGAAGGAUGUUACAAAUUGAAGCGUGAAAAGGUGGCAGAGGAGCUUCUUUUCAGGGCGCUCGGAGGGGAUGCUAAAGAAGUGAAUGAAUGUAAAGGAAAGAUGGAAAAGGUUUGCCCAGUGUUGAGCCGAGAAAGCGACGAAUUGAUGUCUUUUUGCCUUGAUCCAAGUGGAACGUGUGGAGAUCUGAAAACAAAAUUGGAUACUGUUUGUGGGCCUUUAAAAGAAAAGCUUAAAGAUGGCGAAUUAAAGGAAAAAUGUCAUGAAAGACUUGAGAAAUGUCAUUUUUACGGAGAAGCGUGUGAUGGUUCAAAGUGUGAUGAGGAUAAGAAGCAGUGCGAGGGAAAAGGAUUCACAUAUAAAGCACCGGAAUCUGAUUCUAGUCCGGUCAAGCCGAAGCCGUCGUUGUUGAGAAGUAUUGGGUUGGAAGAUGUGUAUAAAAACGCGGAAAAACAUGGGAUUAUUAUUGGAAAAUCAGGAGUGGAUCUACCAAGGAAGUCGGGUACAAAAUUUCUGCAAGAUCUCUUGCUAGCGUUGAGCAGAGAUGGGAAUGAGAAGGAACCAGAUAAAAAGUGCACCGAAGCGUUAAAAAAAUGUGAAACUUCUAAGUAUUUGGAUCAUAAUUUGAAAGAGUUAUGCAAAGAUGAAAAGAAAAACGACAAAUGCAAAGAAUUACUAGAUGUAAAUGUAAAAGAAAGAUGUACAAAUCUCAAAUUAAAACUUUAUCUCAAAGGGUUGUCUACAAAAUAUAAUAAUGAAAAAUCAGAUCCUUUAUUCUGGAGAGAACUGCCAACAUUAUUUACGAAGGGAGAGUGUGCAGAACUUGAGUCGGAAUGUUUCUAUUUAGAAAAUGCGUGUAAAGAUAAUGAGAUUGGUGAAGCAUGUCAAAAUCUACGAUCAGCGUGCUAUAAAAAGGGACAAGACAGGAUGUUGAAUAAGUUCUUUCAAAAGGAAUUGAGGGGAAUGCUUGGUCUUGUAAGAUAUCGUAGCGAUCCUGGUGAUUGUAAAAAAUAUGUAGUGGGAAACUGUACAAAACUUGAUAAAAAAUAUCUUCCACGAUGUCUUUAUCCUAAAGAACUAUGUUAUGCGCUUUCAAAUGAUAUUUUUCUUCAAUCCAAAGAGUUAAGUUUGCUUUUAGAUGAUCAGAGAGAUUUUCCAUUAGAAAAGGAUUGUGUUAAAUUGGGAGAGAAGUGUGAUGAACUUAGUAGUGAUUCAUUAUUGAAUUUAGAAAAGUGUAUAACAUUGAAAAGACGCUGUGAAUACUUUAAGGUUACAGAAAGAUUUAGAAAAGUAUUUUUAGAAAAAAAGGAUGAUUCGUUAAUGAUUCAGGAAAACUGUACAAAGGCAUUGCAUGAGAAAUGUAAUACUUUAUAUAAGAGGAGAAAGAAUUCAUUUAGUGUUUCAUGUGCUUUACCAGAAGAAACAUGUAGUUAUAUGGUAUUCCAUACAAGUCAAGAUUGUAGAUAUUUAAAAGAAAACAUCAAGAAUGAAGGAAUUGUAGGAAAAAUUGGAGGAGCAAAUGGAAAUGAAGCAACACUCGAAGAACUCUGCACAACAUGGGGCCGACAUUGUCACCAACUUAUGAAGAAUUGUCCGGAUGACUUGAAAAAAAAAGAUAAUGGCAAUGAUCAUAACUGUGACAAACUCGAAGAAAAAUGCAGUGAAACCUUUAAAAGGUUGAAAUUAGAGGAGGAGCUGACUCACCUGUUGAAAGGCAGUUUAAGCAAAGAUGAUGAUUGUAAAAAAAAAUUAGGAGAGAGUUGUACUGACUUGCAAAAGAAUGGAACAUUCAAAAUUCUGCUUACUAAUUGUGAUGAUCCUACCAAGGGAAAUGUUUGCAAAAAAUUAGUUGGUAAAGUAAAAGAGAGAUGUCUUACUUUAAAAGACGAACUGAAGAAAGCGAAAGAUGAGUUGACAAAGAUGAAGAAUGAGUACGAUGAGCUCAAAAAGGCGGCAGAAGAAUCUACAAAUAAAGCUAAGUUAUUACUAUCGAAGCCUCGAGAAACUGUAAUGCCAAGUGCGCAGAAUGGCAGUGCUUCAGAGCAAGUAUUACAACCAGUACAACCAGAAUCAGGGUCAUCAUCAUCACCAGCAGUGCCACCACCACCACCAUCAACUGGUGGAACAUCAGGCACACCAGGGACACCAAGUGGAACGAUGAAGUAUGCAAAACUUGGACUCGUUAAAAGAGCGUAUGUAGAUGGAGGAGUAUCAGAAGUAGAGGUCAAAGCAUUUGAUGCAACGACGGUAGCAUUGGAGCUGUAUUUGGAAUUGAAAGAGGAAUGCAGCGCUUUACAACUAGAUUGCGGUUUUAAAGAGGAUUGCGAGGAAUCUAAAAAAGUUUGCGGAGAAAUAGACGAUUUAUGUAAACUGGAACCAUUAGAAAUUAAGCCUCAUCAUACAGAGAAAAUAACAGAAACGAAGACGGAAACAAAGACGGAAACAAAGACGGAAACAAAGACUGAUGGCAAGGCUGAUGAGAAGACCGUUGAGAAGACUGUUACGGUAACCAAAUCGGAAAGUGGAGGAAAAGUAACAGAAGAGUGUACAAUGAUACAGACGACAGAUACAUGGGUGACAAGCACGUCAUUGCAUACGAGUACGACAACGAGUACGUCGACAGUGACGUCAACAGUGACGUUGACGUCGAUGAGAAAGUGCAAACCUACCAAAUGUACCACCGAUUCAAACAAAGAGACACAGAAAGGAGGAGAAGAAGAAGAAGAAGUGAAACCGAAUGAUGGGAUGAAAAUAAGAGUUCCUGAUAUGAUUAAAAUAAUAUUGUUGGGAGUGAUUGUUAUGGGGAUGAUGUAA